UUGAGAUGGUUGAGUCACCUAUGCAUUCUUAGGGUGGCGACAUUAAAGAUGAAAAUGAUGUAACUGAUAACAAGUUUUUUUGGGUAGAAUAAUAGUAGUUUGACUUAUUUAGUUCACCUAAUCCAAUACGAAAAUUAUAUUGUUAGACUAUUGCAUUCAUUAGAUAUAUUAAAAUUGAAGUGAAAGAAAAAUAAGAAUGAUAAGCCCACAUGCAAUCUAACAAUUUUUAUUUUUUCCCAUCAGAAGUCUGUUCGAAUGCUCGACCGUCCCGAAGAGGUUAAGCAACUAAUCAGAUAAUAAAAGGGAAUUUGUGUGAUUUUUCAAGUUCUGCAGGGAGGCUAAUUGUUCCGUUUUCUGUAUAAGGUUUUAUUACGAAAUAGAGAUUUACAAACCAAACUCUCCGAAUAAUGGUGAAUGUCACCCUCUCUUUAAGAGGCUCAUUAAAAGAUAAUUACAAAAAAGUCUAAUUUUAUUAGAAUUUAUAGUUUCCGGCGGAGAAAAAAAAAUACUAAAUUUUUAAACCACUAGAGAACAAGAUUGUUGACAAAGCGGAACAAGUUGGCAUCUCUGUCUUGAUACUUGAAAGGUGUUCAAUAUACAAGGAUGAUCAACUUAACAAAUAUGCAUCUAUCAUGCCGUGGUGGGUCAGUGGAUAGAGCUCUCGCCUCAAAAUGAAGUCACCCCAUGUUUGAACACUAACGACGGCUGGUCGAUAAGAAUUCUGAACCCGGUUUGCACCGACCACAGUGCUAGCUUAAAAUAUUCUCAGUGGUAGAGGGAUAAUAUGUUGGUAUUAUCUUUCCAUCAAGCUAAACAUGGGAGGUUUCCGUGGUUUCUCUGACCAUGUAAGGAAAGUGCGGAUUAAUUCCAUCAAAAAAACUUCCACGCAUUCAAAUUUCUUCCAAUAUUUGAUCCAGGAGUUUCCGUGUCUUCUGGAUUGGUUUCAAAAUCACAAGUCUUCGGAAAUGAAUUGAAAUUGAAAUGAAUUGAAUUGAAAUGAAAUGAAUUGUUGAAAUAUUGGUAGUUGUAAGCUCAAAUCUGGAUCGGCUAUUUAACGACGGUUAUAGAAAAGUGUCUUUGUCUUUCAUAUAAUUUUAUUUUUUAUUUUAUUUUAGGGGUCAAUAUGAAGAUUUCUACACCUCUACGCACACUGGUACGCACAUGGAUGCUCCGGCACAUGUUGUCAAAGGAGGGAUUACCGUUAAUGAGAUACCAGCCCAGUCCUUCUUCGGGAAAGCAGCUGUCAUAGACAUAACUCGAAAAGCAUCACUUUGUCCGGAUGCUGUAGCUAACGUUGAGGAUGUCAGGAACUGGGAACGCACUACACAAAGGAGUUUGAAUGGAACUAUAGUUUUAUUGAACUCUGGUUGGGGGCAGAAGUGGAACGACCGUGAUGCUUUUUUCGGCACCCCAAGCGAUGACCCCACAAAACUGCACUUUCCAGGAUUCUCAGAAGAAGCUUGUAAGUGGUUAGCAGAGAAUAGAAGUGUCAUGGGAGUAGGCGCUGACACCGCGUCCAUUGAUCCAGGUACAAGCACACAUUUUCCAUGCCACGGUUAUAUUCUAGGGCGUAGGUCUUUUAUUUUAGAAAAUGUAGCCAACGUUGGUGAAAUUCCAAUUGCAGGUGCAAUGCUUUAUGUAUUUCCUAUGAAAAUUGGUAAAGGUAGUGGAGCACCAACUCGAAUAGUAGCAUCGGUGCGCACUUAAAAAUUGAUGAACACGAGCAGUUUCAAUCCGAAUAUCUAAAGAUUUUUCAAAAAACUAUGAAACGAAAUCUUGUAGCACAAUUAAGAAUUAAAUUUUUUUUUUUCAUGAAACUAAAUUAAUUUUCUGAUAUUUGUCAAAAAGGAAAUAAAUUAAUUUUGCUUUCAAAAAAUUUGUAUCGUACUCAAUACAUUUAUAUACAACGUUUGAACAAAAUAGUGUAAUUUUAUUAUAUAUAAGCAAUAAAAAUGUGUAACAGUUUCUGUAUUAAUGAAA